AUGGAAACGACAGAAAUUUUAGAAAAAUUACGAAAUACGUUUAAGGAGUCGAAAUAUGUAGGUGAACCUAUACAAGCGUAUUUUGUACCCGAUGGAGACCCUCAUCAAACCGAAUACCCUAGUAAAAUGUACGAACGUCGUCACUUUUUGACCAAAUUUACCGGAUCAGCAGGCCAAGCUGUCGUGACGGAAAAAGACGCACUUUUGUGGACUGAUGGAAGGUACCAUUUGGCGGCCGAGAAGGCUUUGGACGCCAAUUGGACGCUCAUGAAAGCAGGUUUACCAGAAACUCCAAAAAUAUCCGACUGGUUGUCCAAAAACCUACCAAAAGGAUCUAGAGUUGGAUUCGAUCCAAUGAUUCUGCGAUAUCGUGAAGCAGACUUCAUCAAACAAAAAUUGGCGACUUUUGGUAUCCAAUUUGUGCCAGUCGAUAUUAAUUUGGUAGACGUCGUCUGGGCCAGUGAUAGGCCAGGGGACAACCAAGACAAAAUUUGGCCUUUGGAAAUGGAAUUUGCAGGAAAAAGCAGCAGUGAUAAAAUUGCAGACAUCAGGUGCAAGAUGAAGGAGAAUGGUGUGGAUUUGCUGGUGGUGACUUUGUUGGAUGAUAUAGCAUGGUUGCUCAACCUUCGAGGUUACGACAUCUCCUGUUCGACAGUUUUCUACAGUUUUCUGUUUUUGGCAAUGGACAACCUCAUUUUGUUCAUCAAUAAAAAGAAGUUGGAUUGCAAAGUCUUAAGUCACUUCAAUUGCGAAAAUCUCAAAGUCGAUAUUCGACAUUAUGAGUGUGCCAAACAGAAUUUAGAAGAAAUGAUUCCGUGCAUUUCUGGUAAAAUUUGGAUAUCCCCAAAUUCGAGUUAUGGACUUUUUGCAGCAGUUCCAGCAGAAAAAAGAUUCACUAUGCCAAAUCCCAUCACUCAAGCGAAAUGCAUCAAAAACGAUGUCGAGGUCGAAGGGAUGAUCAACGCUCACGUCAAGGACGGAGUGGCAGUUUGCAAAUUUUUUGCAUGGUUAUAUGAAGAGAUGCCAAAAGGAUGUUGUACUGAGUAUAGUGUUUUAUCAAAAUUGGAUCAGUUCAGAACGGAGCAAGAAGAUUUUAUUAGUCUAAGUUUUCCAACGAUUAGUGCAAGUGGCCCGAAUGCGGCGGUCAUCCACUAUCAGCCCACUCUCGAAGAAAGCAGACCCUUAUCAUUCUGUGAAAUUUAUCUUUGCGAUUCUGGAGGACAAUAUAAAGACGGUACAACCGAUAUAACAAGAACAAUACAUUUUGGAAAUCCGACUCCGGAACAAAAAGAAAUGUUUACAAGAGUCCUUAAGGGUCAAAUUGCCAUCAGGACCUUGGUCCUGCCUAAGGGAUGCCCAGGUGCUAGAUUUGAAGGGUUGUCCCGUCGAUAUCUCUGGGACGUCGGCCAGGAUUUUCUGCACGGCCUUAGUCACGGAAUAGGAAGUUGUUUGCAAGUUCACGAAUAUCCUGGAGGAAUUUACAGGACACAAAUGGACGACGAUCCUGGGAUGCUGCCUAAUAUGUUCUUGACAAAUGAGCCUGGGUUUUAUAUGGCAGACGAGUAUGGUAUGCGAAUCGAAGACGUGAUGCAAGUAGUGUCUGCCGAAGUUCCAGGCGACUUUUUUGGAGUCGGUGCCAUCAAAUUCGAAACUAUAACCAUGGUACCAGUCGAUAGGAAGUUGAUCGAUUUAAAACUGAUGACACGAGAAGAGAUCGACUGCAUAGACAAUUACCAUCGAGAAGUGAGAUUGUCAGUUGGUACAGUUUUGGAAAAAUUAAAAGACAGAAAAACUUUCGAGUGGCUCAUGAAGGCUACUGAUCCUUUGGAAUGUGAAUGCGAAUGA